AUGUCUCUAACAAGUAAUAUGACCCAAAGAGCUCGUAUCGAGAAGGCAGUCUAUGAUCAAAGCAUGGAAACGGUGACUUCGUCGAUGGACGUCCGUGUCACUAUUGGUGGAAUUGAGACGGACUUGCGUCGACAAAUAGCGCUCGGACUGCCAAUGGUCAUAAAACAAAUGCGAAAACGUAGCAUGAAUCUCACCUCCUCUGCGCAGACUUUGCAGCUAGGAAGCACGCCCGUGCGCGAAGAACUCCUCAUCGGCGGGAGACCGGGGCCAGAACGAUGCCGAUGGACCAUGGACGGACUCGUGACAACGGAUGCUCAAGAGCUUGUGGAAGGCGCCUGA